GAGAAGCCGGGUGUCCAAACAACGCGCGGUUGUUCCAGAUCGCCGUCACCAACAGCCUAAGGAACAUCGCCGAGUCCGUGAGAUCCGGUUGUGGUGGCAUCCACUUUGCAAUUCUUGUGUAGCACGCGACGCGCAAUAACAGCUAUCAGAAGUGUGUCAAGUACGUCAUGCGGUUGAGAGUGUCUCAAGCAGCAUCCCGUUUGCGCUCCACAAAUCGGCACGGGAAAUCGUUUUGUUCGACGGUGGUCCAGCGAAUUUCUUUUACGAGCGGAAUCAUUACUUUUAUAUUGACGCGGAGCAACGGGUACCGAAAAACAGGACGUGUGGAAGGAGGGAUCGACGUCGUCGAUGACCCAAACGUGCCGCGGCUCGGUGUUACUCGAUGUCAUUGGCCUUUCGAAAAUGAAUUCCUCGAAAUCCUCACGAUCCUCAAGUCGAAUCCCAGCACCGCCAAAAAACUGCACAAAGCCAUGAUGAACGAAUUAUUCAAGAGCAUGAGCAAUGACUUGAACGACAUAAUGAAAGACAACAGUUUGCAAGACGCGUUUGCAAAAAUCGAAAAAUUCUUGGACGAGAGCACCGUGUCCUCCAACGAAGACGCAUGGCGUCCACCGGGAGAUAUAACGGCGCACAUGAGAUCCCUGGACGCGCACAAGAUCACGGAAGCGACCGAGGAGCUGGAGAUACGAGUGAAUCAGAUGGAGAGAGAGAACGAGAUACUGAUGGAAACGAUCGCGAAAGGUAGAUCGCGAGUGCGCGUCGCGAACGACAAUAUGAAGAGAAUUUCGGAUCGCGCGUCGGUCGCGCUGCAAACGUUAGAAAAAACGCGCGAGCAAUUAGCAACCUGUCUUAAAGCGAUUGACAGCGAAUAGAAUCUUAAGAUCUCACUUUUUAAAACACUGUACAUAAAUGUAUAUAUGUUACAUAACUCAUUUGUAUAUUGGCAAACGAUAAAUUAACGAUAAGUAUAACUAACUGUUAAAUAGCAUGUUUUACAUCAGAUUUAUAUAAAUAUUAAAUCUAUGAUAUAUUUUUAUAUACAAAGUGCCAUUGAUCACAAAUUAUGUAUCUUAAAUAUCGUUGUCCCUAUUGCGACGUCCGAGAACAGCGUCUAUCCGUUGUUUUAUAUCUUCCGGACAAGACACUAGGUUUUCUGACUUUGUUCUCAAUUCCUCGAACAGAUUU